CAGGACAAACAGAAAUCAGAGAUGAGAAGAGGGGAAGGGGAGGGUAAAGAAGUAGCUACAAUUUGCGGCAUAAAAUACCGUGUGAAUUAAUCAGCGUCUCUGCACCCUGAAACCUACCAAGUCGGGAGAAACGGACGAGCAGGGGAAGAGAAGAAACUGCGGAGGUUACUCUGACAGCUUCUGAAAGGAGAAGGAAAACUCAGAAAUCUGAAGCCAUGAGGGUUUCUUUGCGCAAGGCUCUAUCUGGGCUCUGUUAAGGCGGUGGAUGGGAAUUCAUUUACAAGAUCAAGACAAGGAUAGUUUAUGAAAGCAAGAAGAAUGUGUACAGCAACCUGGCUGUGGACACACUCCUACUCGUAAGUGACAUUGAAUGGAACAGCCCUGAAUGGAACACACAUCCAGCAACCUCCCAGCUCUACAAAAGGAGGAUGUGGAAAGGUGGCCCGAUGGGAAGAGAAAGCGGAAGAACAGUCAAUCCUCCAUGAAAUCCACCAGCAUGUCAGGGUACAUUCCCAGUUACCUAGAGAAGGAUGAGCCCUGUGUUGUCUGUGGUGAUAAAGCGACUGGAUACCAUUACCGCUGUAUCACGUGCGAAGGUUGUAAGGGUUUCUUCAGGAGGACAAUCCAGAAAAACUUACACCCUGCCUAUUCCUGUAAAUAUGAUGGCUGCUGUGUGGUUGACAAGAUCACCAGGAACCAAUGCCAGCUCUGCCGAUUCAAGAAAUGCACCGCUGUUGGCAUGGCAAUGGACCUGGUGUUGGACGAGAGCAAGCGCAUCGCCAAAAGGAAGCUGAUUGAAGAGAAUCGGGAGAAGCGACGGCGAGAGGAAGUGGUGAAGACCAUGCAGAACAGGCCUGAGCCCACCAGCGAGGAAUGGGAGCUGAUCCGGGUUGCCACGGAGGCACACAUGACAACCAACGCACAGGGCAGUCACUGGAAGCAGAAACGGAAAUUUCUGCCAGAAGACAUUGGCCAGUCUCCAAUGGUGACCACAGCGGAAGGAGAUAAAGUUGACCUUGAAGCCUUCAGCCAGUUCACCAGGAUUAUCACCCCAGCCAUUACCAGAGUUGUGGAUUUUGCCAAAAAACUACCAAUGUUCUCAGAGCUGCCUUGUGAGGACCAGAUCAUCCUUCUGAAGGGCUGCUGUAUGGAGAUAAUGUCUUUGAGAGCUGCUGUCCGAUAUGAUGCAGAGAGCGAGACGCUAACACUAAAUGGGGAGAUGGCCGUCAAGAGAGAACAGCUGAAAAAUGGAGGGCUUGGAGUCGUCUCUGAUGCCAUAUUUGAACUGGGCAAAUCCUUAUCGGCCUUCAGUCUGGAUGACACAGAGGUGGCCCUACUCCAGGCAGUUUUAUUGAUGUCCUCAGAUCGAACAGGAUUAACGUGUACAAGCAAAAUAGAGAAAUGCCAAGAGGCCUACCUCCUGGCGUUCGAACAUUACAUAAACUAUCGCAAACACAACAUUCCACAUUUCUGGCCAAAACUGCUGAUGAAAGUUACAGACCUACGAAUGAUUGGAGCUUGCCACGCCAGCCGCUUCCUCCACAUGAAGGUUGAAUGUCCCACAGAACUCUUCCCUCCCUUAUUCUUGGAGGUAUUUGAAGAUCAGGAAGUGUAGGGUUAAGUGAAAACUUGGAACCAGAAACAGAAAGUAAAACAAUCACCGGCUAACUGCCUGGCUAUUUGUCCAUUGCGGAUCAUCUUGUCUGUCUAGACUUGUCCGAAACUCAAAGAACCAUUCCAUUCAUGCGGGUACAGUUGCAAAUAUUUUGUAAGUCAUAGUAAUGUCCUUUUAUCCUUGUGCUCUGUCUUACAAAGGAAGGUCAUGCCGACUAGCUGCCCAUUGCUGCUUUACAGCUGAUAUUAUAAACAGCCAUCUCCAAAAACAAAAUGGCCAAUAGUCCCAUCUUCAUUUCCCAUGGUUUCAAAUCAGUACAACAUUUCUGGUGGGCUGUCACACAGUGGAAGGUUGCCUCAUCGUUGUGUGUGGAAGGGAGUCUGGUGUUCUCACCAGUGUCAACUAUUUCUUCUUAACAUACAACGGUUAAGAUAGAGGAGAGGAAAGUAAAGACACGCAUUUCCCUGCAUCAUUGUCACAUGGGAGGAAGUACAAAACUGGAAGGACAGGCAGAGAUAAAAGGCUACAGUGAAGUGUUUACAACAGAGUUUGGCAAACACAUCUGAAUCUUUGGCUGCAGUCAAGGAAUGGGAACUUUGCACGAUCUACAAUCCAGAGCCAUUUUCAAUGGGAGAACAACAAAUAAAGGCAGCUCCAUGUAAGGCCUCCUUCCUCGUCGGCCAUUCCAGGGUUCCAUCAACACUGAAGCCUCCUCUUGUCAAGUGAAGCCUCCUAUCAGCGCGGAGGUUGCCAACGCAGAGCCAAAGCUGCCAAUUAUGGUCUGUGACAAGGAGCGCAAUCAGGAAGGGCCACAAAGAAAGGAAGGGGAAAAACAGAAGAGUGGCGCAUAAGAUUCCCCACCUCAGGAAUGCCAGCAGAAUGAGGUGGCCAAGAACAUUGGAGUCAAAUGUAUCAGUUAGUAAAUCCUGAAGGAGACAAAACGGGGUAGAAAUUUGUCCUUGGUCCCCUGUACUAAAUGCUUGGCAUAGUAGCACAUGCACGUUUCAUUCAAUCUCCAAACUUCAGUCCCACUGAACCAGCCCAGACAUGAUGGGCUGAUUGGCCUCCUUCUGUGCUGUAAAUUUCUUUGAGAUUCAAUUUGUUGAAUUUCAGCAGACAAAUACAGUGCACAGAUGUUACAAUGCAUGCAACCGAUGACAAAUUUCAAUCCUAAUGUGUUAUUUGGGUUUAAUAUGUGCCUACCAGGGGAAAGGGUAAGGGAGUUUAGUCCCUGCACUCUGAGCUUGAGUGGUUUCCUUGGUAGCCCUUUAGUUAACCCUUUAGUGGCUCUUUCCCAGGUGACAUUGUUUUUACCACACUCAUUCCUUUUGUAUUUCUCUCUUCUGGAAACACAAACCACACAAAGCACGUCAAGUUCCCUGGCAAGCUUUGAAGGUCAUCUUUGCAAGGCUAAAUGUUAAAGUUGUCUCAGCGUAGUUUUCUCACUAUCUUCUGGUUGUAGUGCCAUUGUCAAAAACAAAACCAACAAACCAAAUUUAAAAGACAGACCUUCAAUGUUUGCGAAGUCCUUGCGUGUAAUGAAUGACCUCAGUACUGAAUCAUCAGCCAGUGAUUUACAAAGACGUAAAGUCUGGAACUGAACAGCCAAGAGUUGGGGGUUGUGCUAUUUCCAUCGGUCAUUAGUAGGUGGAAAUGAUUUGCAUCUCUAUUAAAAGUGUGGUGCUUUGCAUCCACCAGUUAGAGAAUCCUGUGCCCAGUUCCCUUCCUGUUUACUAAAGCCCAUGACAUCCAACAACCAGGAGGCCAAAUUUCAUCUCCUGAAUUAAAGGAUACUCAGUGGAGGUGUGUUCACCCUGCAGGUCCCCAGUCCAAGCACCUUAUAUUUCUUAUUUGCUGCUUUAUCGUAUUUGAAUUUUCUGGGUGGCUGGGCAGUUUGGAAAGACUGAGUUUGACAGUCUCCUCUUCCUUUCAGACAAAUCCUAAAUUGGAACACAAAACUGGGUUGAGAUCAGCCACUGAGCUGAUUACAUGGAACUUGGAUUUAAACCCUUUAGUUGACUAAAAGUCAUCAUCUAGGUCCUCAUACAUAACAUAACAAAGGCUUUGUGUGGCAUCUCCACUGGUGAGCCCCAUGAAGACUAUAGGCUUGGACAACCCUGCAACAUUGGCUGUUUAAGCUGUGUGUGUUCUGAUAAUCACAGCUGUGAAUACCUGGCUCACUCCCACAAUCGGAGUUUGCUGUCUUGCUAACUCAGGUACAUCACCCCCUACUCUUCACAGCACCUCUCCAUACUCCCAACCCUCCAGACAACCUCAACAACCUCCGCUUUCUAUUUUAUUAUGAAUAAGGUUCUCUUAAAUAUCCACAUUCUACUUGAAUACUGAUCAAUGAAAUAUUUAAACCAGGGACUUACUUUCAGGAUACAUUUUAUCACUACAUGUAAAACCGCACAUUACUAAAGAGCUUGAAAGCUCAACCGGUGCCCUCCAAUAACACUGCUGCUAACUAAACAAGAAUAAGGCCACUCAAGGGUUAACAGUGAGAUAUGAAAGUAAAGUGAAGGAUCUACUCAGGUACAAACUGAAUAUAAUUUUUAAAAGUAUAUAUUAAUAGAUAAAUAUUUCAUUUGGAGCUGUAACGAGGUUUUUAAAGUAUGAAACCAUGUUUUAUAUUAAUCACAAUGUGAAUAAGCAAGCCCCUUGUGUAAGAGAGAAAUAUUUGCAUUUGUAUAGCACCUUAUCACAUCUCUGAGUACUUCAGAUGCAGUUAAUUACUUUGAUGAGACUGCUUUCGCCUGAGCAAAUACAGCUGUCAUUUUACCCUCAAUAGGGGUUCACAAAGAACAGUCAGAUGAACCUGUUACUGGUGGUGUUGGCUUUCUGGAGGAAUGUCAGCCAGGGAACCCACUCCUCUUUGUCAAAUAGCACUGUGGGGUCUUUAAUGUUGGCCAGAAAUAGGAAGGCGUGGCUUCUUCUUUGUGUUUUAUCAAAUAACACCACCUUGGACAAUGACACAUCCUGGGGUAGAAAUUGGUCCUCAGUCAUACACAAGUGAUUCUUUGUUGUACUCUGCUUCCAAAAUUUAGCUCUGUUGAUGUGAAGCUGAAUUUUGGAAGCAGAGUACAGCCAUUACUAUAUUGUGUAUUUGGCAUAGAAGAUAAAUUCCUACCCCUCAUCCCUCUUACCAGAGAGGCAGCUUAGACGAUGAGAAAAAUUCAUGAAAUGAUGCCUUUAGACCCAGAUUUCUAACAAAUCUCCAUGUUAAUUGUCAUGGCAUUUUGCAAGUAUUUGAUUUUCAUAGAGGUAAUUUACUAGCAAGAUGGAUAUAACUAGCACUUUUAAAGUGAAAUUUUUGUACAGGUUCAUUUUAACACUUUGAGAGUUAAAUAACCAUUUAAAAUAUGCAGAAGUGUUCUUGAACAUUAUCUAUUAAAAAUAUUUACUGUAAUUCUUUUUACCAUUAAAGUUCUAAAUUUGCAAAGGGAAUAUUGCAAAUAUUCUACAAAGCUCUACAAUAUUUGUGGCAUCUAUAAAAUUAACUUAAUAUUUUAGUCCCUUACUGGAGAUAUAAUGAACCCAGCAUUACAGCACAGGGCUUUAUAUAUUGGAAAAGUAUACUACUUCACUAUAAACAAUUAAUAAAGCUCUACACCAUUUUCCCACAUGUACAGUAUAGGUUAGUUAGCAUCUGAAAAUCAGUUUUAAGAUUUCAGGUUAAGAACCCUUUACCAAACCCUGAAUUCUAAUGGAGAGAAAACAGAAACAUUAACUCAUUCUGUUAAUUCAUUAUCAACCAAUCUCAGCAUUUUCUGUUUUCAUUGCCAGAUUUACUGAAGGAUUUGAUCUCCAUACAGUUCUAGGUAGCUUUAAUACUGAAAGGCUGUUAGAAUUUGCCUAGGAGCAGAUAUUUCUGGACAGGACCAACUCCUCUACCAUGAGUGCCCUGGCUCUCCCUCUGCCCUGCUGUCAUUUCUAAUCCCAGCACCAAAGCUUGGUUUCCUUUAGUUUUUGAUGCCUCAUCUUUCCAUUAAAUUUUCAUUUUCUUCUGCCCCAGACAUCUUUAGUCUCACUUAUCCUGUUUACCACCAGGACUGGUAGUUCCUUAACAACAAUCUGCAUUUAUAAAGUACCUUUAACAUAAACAUCCCAAAGAUUUAAUUGAGGCCUGGUCAGACAAAAAAUGGAUGUAACCAGCUCUCUGAUGUGGUUUCAAAUAAAUGUCCAGCCCCCUUGUAACAAGUGUUUCUCUCUAAGCUUAAGUAGCCACUUGAGGUAAAGUCCUUUCCUAACCAUGGGUUUGAAAUAAAUCUAUUAACUUCCCCUUUGUUUUGUUGGUGUUAAUUCUGAGAUUGUGCCAAGUGUAUCAACCAGUCUUUCAAUGUUUAUAUUCUCAGUGGCAAAGUGGUUACAAGGUCUCGACCACUGAUUAGAGAUAUGAGUUGAAAUCCCAUCAAUAACAGCUGAGAAACUUAACUUCAGAUAAUUAAGCAAAUCUGGUAUUACAAAACAAAAGUCUAGUCUCAGUGACGUUCAUUAUGAAACUGCUAUAUUGUCAUAAAAACCCAUCUAGUUCACUACUGUCCUUCAGGGAAGGAAGUCUACACUCCUUACCUGAUGUGGCUUAUAAAUAACUGCAGACCCACUGAUGUGGUUAAUCCUUUAGUGACAUCCUCAACUCUGGCACUAAUGGAUGGGCGAUAAAUGCUGGCAUUGCCAGUUGUGUUGACAUCCUAUGAAUGAAUAUGUUUUUUAAAAAAACUUAAUAACUUUGAAAAACUUAACUUGUUUCAGAACCUCUGAGUAUCUAAUAUAUCUUUUAAAAAGUAUAUUAACCUUGCAGGAAGAAAUACCAGAAUGAUAACUGGGCUCCCAGGGUUAAAUUACAAUGGGAGACUACACAAACAAGGGUAGUAUUCCCUGGAAUUUAGAAGGUUAAGUGAUGAUUUGAUCAAAGUUGCUUAGAUGUUAAGGAGAACAGAUAGGGUAGAUAGAGAGAAGCUCUUUCUACCAUUUGGUGAGUCAAGGAUCAUUCCUUCCAAGAAUAAAGUUAGAAAACACUUUACACACAAGUUUGGAGCUCUCUUCUCCCUGUAGCAAUAAAUCCACAUUAAUUGCUAAUUUUAAAUCUGAUAUUGAUGAACUUCUGUUAACCAAAGAAAUUAAAGGAUCUGGGGGAAAGGUGAAUAUGUGAAGUAAGUCACAGAUUUAUUGAACAAUAGGCUAAAUGGGCCUCAUAUGUCCCUAACAUUGUGUUCUGCCAUUCCCUGAUUUUUUCAUAGAGCACAGAGCUCCUGAGGUAUAUGUUCUUGCUUUGCUCUGUCUAUUUUUACUACAGAUGUGGUCCUUUUAACCCUGCACUCUCAUUAUUGAAAAUGCACCUUCUCCAGGCUUAAAGCUCCAUUCUUCUACUCCACUCACAGAUCUUCUGCAUGUCCUCCCCUAGAAAGGAGUAAAAAUUUCUAUUAUUGAGCAGUCAUUAAUACAGAAACCUAACCCGUAUAAUUGUAAAAGUUAAGUCACACUUCCAACUUUUCUGAUAACUUAAAGCCCAACACUGCCCAAAUUACUGGAGGAACUCAGGGAGUCAAGCCACAUCUGUGGAAGCAAAGAGAUGGUCGAUGUUUCAUGUUGAAAUCCUACAUCAUGAGUUCUGAUGCAGGGUCUUGACCCAAAAUGUUGACCAUCCCUUCGCCUCCACAGAAGCUUCUCGACUGCUGAGUUCCUCCAGUAGUCUGUUUUCGCUCCAGAUUCCAUCAUCUAUGCGUCCACUGUCCUAGUUUUCACUGCUGCAAACCCAUAAAGACUCAGAUGACUUCUAAAAAUAUUAAAAGGCAGAGACUUGGAGGUGCCACAAACAGUGCAGAUUAGUAUUAGUCUUCAAAACAGUAUCUUCAGAUUGGUGUAUGGAUAGAUACGCAGCAAAUAAAAUUCAGCACAGGAAAUCAUGAGGCAAUACAUUUGAUGAGAAAUAUGAAAGGAGACACCACAAGCUAAACGGGACAACUUUGUACAGCAUUUAAUUAUAGGAGUGACAAGAAGGUGGUAGUUAGUUUACCAAAGCAGUUAAUAAAACACGUGCAUUCAUGAGCUAUAUAAAUAGAGGAAUUGUGUAUUAUAGUACACCCAUAUAAAACAAAAAUUCAGCAUCAGGUGGAGAUUAACCAUGUAGGACAUGAAGGCUUUGGCGAAGAUAUAGACAAAAUUCACUGGAUUGGUUCAAAGAAUAAGGGAUUACACUUCUGCAGAUAGUCUGGAAGAGGUUUAUUCUCUUUGAGACAAAGAAGGCUCAGUCAAGAUUCGGGAGAGGUGUGAAUACAGAGAAACUGUUUCCAAUAGCUCUUGGGUCAAUAACCAGAAGGCACAAAUUUAAAGUAAUUGGCUUAAAAGCAGAGGUGAUCGAAGGAAUAAAGUUUUUAUAUAAUGAAUUGUCACCAUUGGGAAUUCACUACCUGAAAGGGUGGCGAAAACGGAUUCAACAGCAGAUUACAAAAAGGAGUCAGAUAUAUAUUUAAAGGCGACAAAAAUGAAAGGACUAUUAGGAAAAAGCAUGAGGAUUGGACUCCCAGACUUCCAGAGCCAGCUCAGGUUCAAUAGACUGAAUAGCCUCCUUUUGGAGUAUAAUGUUUUAUAUCUCCCUAAUCAAUUGUGCAUGCUUCUGUUAACUGUUAAUGCAAAAUGUGCAGAAUGCAAUAGGUAAGAUUUCAUGUUAUAUAUAUGUAUGUCAAGAAAAUGUCCUGGUUGGUGGAAAUCUGUGAUUGCAGCAAUCUUCCUUCAAGACAUCUAGUUUCUGAAACAACAUUGAAUCCUUCAACUGGUGAUGAAGAUCCAAGACACUGUCUCGGAAUAUCCAGAAAAAACUGCUCUCCAACAUUGUUCAAGACUGGGAGGAAAUCUCAAAGUAGAUAUGAUUUGGGCAAGUGAUUUAUUGUGGCCAACAUUUAGCAAAUGGAAAACACAUUCAAUUUCUGUUAGCUUCUCUUCUUGCUGGUUUAUUUUUCAUUUUCAUAUUCAAUGUGAUUUAAAAGCCAAUUGUCUGGCAUUUUUUAGCUUGCCUUGAUAGUGAAAAUUGGUAAAUUGGUUUAUUAUUGUCACAUGUACCAAGGUACAGUGAAAAACUUAUCUUGCAUACCGUCCAUAUAGAUCAAUUCAUUACAACAGUGCGUUGAGGUAGUACAAGGUAAAACAAUAACAGAGUGCACUGGUAUCAUGAUAGUUGCCUUUAUAUUCACCUGGAUGUGUAUUUCAACCCACUCCAUACACAUGAAUUCAGACACCAGCUUUAUGUAAAGCAUCAGAAAUCUGCAGCUGCUGAAAAUCUGAAAUAGAAACAGAAAAUGUUAGAAACACUCAGCAGGUCAGGCAGCAUCUGUGGAGAGAGAAACAGAGUUAAUACUGCAGGUCAAAGACCCUUCGUCAGAACUGGGAAAGAGAGACAACAAGUUGGUUUUAUAUUGAAGAAAGAGUGGAGGACGAGUAAAUACAACAAAAGGAAUAUCUCUGAUGAGUUGAGGCCAAGGUUGCUGUGGGGAUAAGGUGUAAAUGAGGUCAUCCAGUAUAAACAUAAAAAUUGCAAAAUACAGAGCUGUAGGGCAUGCCCAGCAGGUCAAUUUAAUGGAGAGAGAAACAGAGCCAAUAAUGACAGACUGACCAGUUCUGAUACAGACAGAGAAAGCAAGUUACCUGAAGUUUUAGAAUGGUUUUUGUGUUCUCACUUUCUAGGUCCCCUCAUUUCAUAACUACUGUGUUCCUUUAUGCAGUUUCUCCCUCUCUCUCCCUUCCCCUUCCCCUCUCUCCCUUCCUCCCUCCCUCUCCCUCUCUCUAAUUGCCCCCACAAUCCCCUCAACUAGAUGACCUUCUCUACAGCUUCUCCCCACAGCAACCUUGGCCUUGCUUAUCACAGAUGAUGUCAUUGUCCUCUCGAUCCAUCCGUCACACUCUCUGCACAUAAAGCCAAUUUCUUGGAUCCCUUACCCAGUCCUGAUGAAGGGUCUUCAACUUGAAACAUUA